CAAAAUAAUAAGUUAACUCAUGGCCUAAUGAAUAUUUUAAAAAUAACAUUUACAAAACUUUAAAACUUACUUAGAAAUAUGGCACUGAUUACAAUCGGCAAAUCAAUAUUUACUAGAUCAAAUCAAUUUUUUAUAAAAUCUAAUUUAUUAAAAAACAAAUUUUUUCAAACAAGUUGUUCAAAUAAUGCGAUUGUACCGUUUAAACUAAGUGAUAUCGGUGAAGGUAUCCGUGAAGUACAAAUCAAAGAAUGGUUCAUUAAAGAAGGUGAUAAAAUAUCACAAUUUGAUAAUAUUUGUGAAGUACAAAGUGAUAAAGCCUCAGUUACAAUAACAAGUCGUUAUGAUGGGGUUGUCCAAAAGAUAUGUCAUGGAAUUGACGAUAUGGUUUUGGUUGGUGAUACGUUAAUUCAGAUUGAUACUGAUAAUGAAAGUACGCAACAAGUUACAUCAUCUUCAGUGAAUGAUCAACAAGUUGCAUCAGAAUUACCACAAUCGUUAUCUAGUCAAUCAACAACAACUUUCUCUACGCCAUCUUCGUCGACUAUAGAACAGGAAAUAUUGGCGAUACCUAAUGUUCGAAAAUUAGCUAAAAAUAUGAAAGUUGAUCUAACUGCGAUUAAAGGGAGUGGAAAAGAUGGCCGAAUAUUAAAAGAAGAUAUUUUAUCAACCUCAAAAAUGGUGGACAAUUUAUUAAAAGAAGAUCCAAAUCAGACAAUAACAAUAAAGGGAUAUCGAAAAGCAAUGUUUAAAACAAUGACUGAAUCCAUGAAAAUACCACAUUUUGUAUACAGUGAUGAAAUAAAAUUAACAAAUUUAGUAAAAUUACGUCAACAAAUCAAAACUGAAUUACUAAACGAUAAAAAUAAGCUUCAAACAAUCGAUAAAAAUGUGAUAAAACAGCUAACAUACAUGCCUUUUAUGCUCAAAGCAAUUUCGUUAUCGUUACUUGAAUAUCCAAUACUCAAUUCAUCGAUAAUCGAUGGCGAGAAGAUCUUAUUAAAAUCUGACCACAAUAUUGGGGUUGCAAUGGACACGAAAGAAGGUUUAGUUGUACCAAAUAUAAAAUCAGUUCAAACAAAAUCAAUUCUGAAAGUUGCUCAAGAAUUGAUACGGUUGCAAGAAUGUGGAGCGAAGACAUCGUUUAGUACGCGUGAUUUAUCGGAUGGGACGUUUGCGUUGUCAAAUAUAGGGGUCGUUGGUGGUACUUACGCAAAACCAUGUAUUUUGCCACCGAAUGUUGCGAUUGGAGCUAUUGGACAAAUACAGAAAUUACCUCGAUUUAAUGAAAAUAAUGAAGUAAUUGGUGAACAUAUAAUGCAAGUGAGUUGGGCUGCGGAUCACAGAAUAAUUGAUGGUGUAACAAUGGCGAAAUUCUCAAAUCUAUUUAAAUAUUAUUUAGAACAACCAAAUAUUUUAUUAUUAAAUAUAUAA